CAUCGAGUUCAGCAGACCCAUGCACUGACACCUCGACACAAAAACUGGGUUCGAUUCGGCAGAGGCUUGUCGGAUAUCAACUAGCAGCCGACGAAGAUGCAAUUUGCGAUAUUUAUAUACAAGUGGGCUGGUACUUCACCGAUACGUUCGUCUUAGCCUCUACAAAUCAGCGUUGUGGAACACUACGAAAUUGGUAUCGCAGAGAUAACGACAGUUUACCGAAAAACAUCAACGAACAAAGAAAUAUCGUCUUGUGCAGAAAUGGACCAAGUAAUGUGUGUGAUAAAUUAAGCUCUGCGAACGUUAUCAAAUGUGCUGAAGACAAGUAUGUGUUUUAUCUCAUCCCGGUAUCAAGUUGCAUAGAGGCGUACUGCUUAGAGAGAAAUUCGAACGGCUCGCCUCCAGGUGGAACAACACCAGAUAUAUCUGAGCUAAAACUUAGUAUAAAUGUUAACGUGGCACGACCGAAUGGUGAAAAUGAGCUACAGUUCUACUGUGACUUUACACCGCGUGCAAACACAAAUUACUAUUACAAAGUAGUAUGGGCACUCUCGCACGGUUCAAGUUGGGUCCACCAACUCCAUCAAUCAGAACCAGUACAAUAUUUAAGUCAGGGCAAUUUUAGCCAAAACACUAUGAUGACAGAGCGACAUUUAAAGGCACCAACAUAUUUUGGAUUGGGUGUAACGAUUGCUUGUUCUAUAACUGCUAGUAUCGACCCCGCUACCCCAGAAAGCGCCCCCGUCAUUAGCCCGGAAAGGUUCUGUGGCAUAAGAGCUUUAAACAGAUCAAGCCAUGUGGCCAUUCAUAACGACAAAGGCGCUGAAAUAUAUUACGAGCUUACAAUUCCGUUUGGGUGUGAACAGGGCUUUGAAAGCGACUCAUUUUGCUACUUGGAUGUAAUACUGUUUAUCCCACAAUCCACUACAAACUGUAAUAAACCAGAUGCAAUACAACGCAACAGUGAGACAAACUCAUGCGGUCUACGAUUUUACCGGUCUGAUAUCGGAAAACCAAAGAAACUAUUCGUCCAAGCUAAGUUCCCACAUCCAAACGCUUACUUAAGUCAGCAAAUGAUACUUACCUUGACUACCGUUAACAAUUUAGCUCAUCCAUUUUUCAAUGGCUACGCCGUGGAUAAAGUACAGGUCACUGUGUCGACAGACCAAGCUGUCAUAAAUAACAAAGGUUGCUACGCAGUAUGUGACCCGCAUAUGAUGUCGUUCGACGGACUUGGAUAUGAGCAUCACUUGACCGGGACGUUUGAUAUGUACAUUCAUCAAAACAAUAACCAAAAAAUACAGAUUAUGACACAACCUUGUUUCAACAAUGGACAGACACCACACUGUGUGUGUGGAGUUGCUGUCCAGGCCGGAAGUGACGUUGUCGUUAUAAGCACUUGUGCAAGGGUGCUUGACAUCAGGUUUAUACAGUGCGGUGAUGGAAUUCUCCGGGAGAAAGUAAAUGAAGUUUCAAAGACGAAAUACCGUGUUACUUUACCGAGUGGAAGCUACGUCGAUAUAAGCCUUGUUUAUGAAGGCUUUUUAAUGAACGUGCACGUAACUCCAUCAGUAGCUGACUUUAAUAAAACUUCAGGCUUAUGUGGUUCGUUUGAUGGAAACAUAAACAACGAUCGGCUCAAAAGACCGGGUUCUACUGAUAAUGACCCAAACAGAAGCUGGAUGGUCCAAGCAAAAGAUAAUCUUUUCAACGAAAAUGUCGUUUUGUCGCAUUGGGAAGAUCAGUAUCGUUUCUGUACAUGUGACAGCAAAUCUGUUAAACCCACAUAUACUGCUACUUGCGAUGUUGAGACAAAGAAAAUAUGCGAUGUGAAACCAGUAUUUAAAGACAGGUGUGUGGACAAAAAACGCAGGAAAAGGAGAUCAGGAAAUGGCAAAUAUAAACCGACAGACGAGGGUGAUUUCCAUCAAACUGUCAAACUCGCUUUUGUAUCAAAAUACCGGGACCAUUUUAACCAACGACAGCAUCGGUCAAUCAAGCAGUAUACCGAAGAAACUGCAAGACAAGAUUGCAUGCAGUUGCUGAACACCACAGCGUUCCAAAAGUGUUCCAAUGUGCCAGGUCUUGACUUCACAGCAACUAUAAAUGACUGCAUACUCGACGCUCAGAUAACAGGGACUAUGGAGUGGACGCUGUCCCACUUGGAAACAAUCAAAUCUAUAUGCAUUCAACAAAUAGACACUCAAAAAUUACCACCAAAGGAGGACCUUGUUGGAAUAACUGUAACCAUCAACGGAUCUUCGUUUUCCAAUUUAUCGGAUGAGAAUGCCUCUUUGCCCUUAACUGUUUUUACCGAUGAGAUAUUUGAGGAAAUCCAAAGCGUUUCUUGUCCGCACGAGUGUAGCGGAUUCGGAAUCUGUGUCAACGGUUCUUGUAUAUGUGAGAAAGACCAUAUCGGAGAAGAUUGCUCUUUAGACUCGACAAGACCUCCAGAAAUGAUAGGAAUCCCAGAUGAAGGUUUUUGCGACUUAAAAGAACGAGCUUGUAAGAAAACAUCUGUGUUUGGAGACAAUCUUAUUUUUGAAAAUCAGGUCAAAUGCAACAUUGAGCCUUUCGAGAUUAACGUACGAAAUGAUAUUUUGUCUGAAGAAAAAUACCAAGUGACAGGCGUGCCGCAGACGUUCAUGGAAGUGUCCUGCCCUCUUGAACCAAGCAAGAAACGCUCUAUAGACGGCGGUGCCGAUAUUAACGACAUCAUAGCUAGAGCUUACAAUAUUUCACUGAGUAACGAUGGUCUGAACUUUAGCGAAGAAGACACGUUCCUAGUGUACGACUCAGCUUGUGUAACAUGCAGCAAGACAUCUGGUGCUAUACGAUGCCUCAAACAGAGCGGUUUGUGCAUGACUGAUGGAGAAUGCUAUGGUCCAGGCGACACACUUGGUUGCUACACCUGUGCUGUUUCUGGGGCUGGAUCCGCUGUCUGGCAACCAGGACCAGACUGCAGCAAACCUUCGAAUGAUCGGCCUAACUCCGGUGGUGAACAGAUAACUGCUGAAUAUACUGUUCUGUUGGCCUUUUUGGCCGUUGCCUUUGGACUUUGAUGAUGUUUCAAUCGUCUAUUCUUCUAUUGUUAUAAAACUUUCUAUUUUAUGCAUAAUGUUUACCUUUAGACGACAAAUAAUAUCAAAUACAAGUAGCAUAUUUUUAUUAGCGCCUAACAAACAUAAUAUUUCUAUCAUUUUUUCUUUCGAAAUUUUAAUUUUCCAAAUGUCAAAAUAAUUUCAAAUACAUUUAGGCUCAUUAUUUUUAACUCCAUGUGCGUGCAUUUAUUAUAUGCCACAACUAGAGUAAAUAACAUUCUGAGCUAGGAAAAAUGAUGAAUAUGACAUGUCUUGAUAAAGUUUUUGCAAUGCUUGUCUUUGAUAUAUUUGAUUUAGCUAUACAUGUACGCUGUGGUUGAUCCUAUAUACAUGUCGAAACCUCUUGUCAUUGUUAUUUAUCAUGUUUUGUUUUCAAAUCACGUGUAGUAAUAGACACAAAAUAUUUCUUUACAUAGUUCUAUUUCAGUAAUGAAACGCUUACUACUUCAUAUAAUGAUUUUUUUCAUUCAUUAAUCUGUGAUCAUCGUUAGGACAUUUAUACUUUUCUAUAAUAUACAUGUGUAUGCUUAUGUACCGCUUUGCAGAUUUUGUAAUAAUGUAUUUAAAUAAAUAAUUGAGUUGAGUCAAGAAUACAAUAAAUUCAAAUGCACUUUGGCAUUUUGUUGGCUGAUCAUAAACAGUUUUAUACCCUGUUAUUUCAAGUCGCGCAGUGUGAAACACGUUACCAAUCAAAUGAUCUUAAAACUGGUCGUACACAUCUUGAAUAUUUUGUAAUGUAUGUACUAAAUAAAUAUAAAUCAAUCGAU